AUGUCUGACAACGGGGAAAUUACCGCCGUCUCGGUCCUCCCCAAGGAGGUGGCCGCCAACGCCAACGCCGGUGUGCUGCUGUUCAACAAGUGGAGCUACGAUGAUGUCGAGAUCCGUGAUAUCUCCCUGACCGACUACAUCCAGAUCCGCCAGCCCGUGUACACCUCGCACUCUGCCGGUCGUUAUGCCGCCAAGCGUUUCCGCAAGGCUCAGUGCCCCAUCAUUGAGCGUCUGACCAACUCGCUCAUGAUGAACGGCCGCAACAACGGAAAGAAGGCCAUGGCUGUCCGUAUUGUCGCUCACUCUUUCGAGAUCAUCAACAUCAUGUCCGACCAGAACCCCAUCCAGGUCGCUGUUGAUGCCAUUGUCAACUGCGGUGCCCGCGAAGACUCCACCCGUAUUGGCUCUGCCGGUACCGUCCGUCGCCAGGCCGUCGAUGUCUCUCCCCUGCGCCGUGUCAACACCGCUAUUGCUCUCCUGACCAUUGGUGCUCGUGAGGCCAGCUUCCGUAACAUCAAGUCUAUCUCCGAGUGCCUUGCUGAAGAGCUCCUGAACGCUGCCAAGGGUUCCUCCAACAGCUACGCCAUCAAGAAGAAGGACGAGCUCGAGCGUGUUGCCAAGUCCAACCGGUAA